AUGGGAAACUCGCCCUCGACCCCUUCCGGUCAGUCCGACUCCUCAUCCAGCAAACCCAAUAAACAAGGAACAGCAACAGCAACAACAACCACACCGCCCUCAACAAACGCUGUGACCGCAGGAACAGGCGGCGGCAACAGUGGACCAGCACGAGGCACUCAUUCAAACAUUCCCAUCCAACCCUCCGCUGUUUCUUCUACUUCUACUUCUAAUCCUCCAUCUCGAAAUCACAUCCCAAUACCUUACAUCCCUUCCACCCAGCACCGACCAGCACCACCAGCCCAGCCCGCUCAACCAAGACCUACCAGCGCCCAGCAGCAGCAACAACAACAGCAACAACAACAACAACAGCGGCUACAACAGCAGCACCAACAAGCACAACAGCAACAACAACAACAUCAACAGCAGCGUAUUACUCCGCCCUUCCAGCCGACUUCCUAUCAGCAACAAAGUAAUAUUAAUACCCAGGGCCAGUCAAGACCGCCACAGCCUGAUUCGAUGUCUGGGUUCCGCCCAAUGAGAAACGGCCGUGAAUCCUCUUCGUCGUCCCAGUCAGCAGCAGCAGCAGCAGCAGCCGCCGCCGCCGCUGCUGAGGACGAGAUCCCGACCAUUGUCCUGCAGGAGCAGAUGGAGUCAAUGCUGGUAGAUAUGACCGCCGCCGAGUUCCGAGUCAGGGAGUUGCGAGAGGAGCUCGAUACCUUUGAAAGUCACCCCAUCUUCUCGUCCAUGAUGCUCGCCUGGUUCCUGUCUUUCAACUUGAGCGAGUACAACCACAACCGUAUCGAGGACCUCAAGCGGGAUGCCCUCAAAGCCUGGCAGCCCGUGCUCAAUAGUUUUAUGGAGGGGGGCGCUUCCGACAACCUGACUGAGAUUGACGUUCGACUGUUCGAGUCUAUCAUCCAGGAUAUCAUCUCUCACGCCGACAUGAUUGCGGGAUCGAACGAGUCACCAGAGGACCUAAUUCUGAACCUCAAACGAAUCGCCCACACAGAACUCGACCAUGCCCGCCGAAGCCUGGAACAGAACAGGAUAGCUUUCCAGGAAUGUCAAAUCACCCUCCAGGCAAGAGGCGUGGUUCCGGCUGCUGUUCUCGAGAUGCAGCGUUCAAUGGAGGAGGAUACGAGGCGGGAGCAGGAAGCCAAGCGCGCCCAGGAACAGCGGCAGAGGGAGAUUGUUGCCGAGCGACAAAACGCACUUGCGGCUGAACGUCAGCGGGAACGACAGAGACAGCAGGAGGAGGAAGAAGAGAGGCUGAGGCGGGAACGAGAGCGUGAAGAAAUGCAGAGGAGGGACCGAGAACGUGAAGAGAAACAAAGGCGUGACAGAGAACGCGAGCUGGAACGGCAACGGCGGGAACGUGCUGAGGAAGAGAUUCGUCACAAGGCAUUGGCCGCUGCCAGGGACAAGGUUGCUCGUCCAGCAUCCUCUAAUACGCCCUCAUCGACCCAUGCUGCAGGCCAUAUGGUUGGACGUCCAAAAGCAUCCUCAGUGUCUGUGCCAGGCUAUGACCCCAACUUUCAAAAGAGGAUGCACGCAGAGUCAUCAGCCGUGUAUGCCCUCAACAUUUCCGAGGAAGAGACGGUGAUUGGCGACUCUCCGGUUCAGGCAGAACACUUGGCGCCAUACGCUCAAUACAACUCAAAUCGACUUAGUCAUCAUGGUGCUUACUCUUCCUCGGCUGGGCAUGUUCAUGGCACAGACGAGGGUGAAGUUCCCUCCACGCCACUCUUGAGGCGCAAUCGCCCUGUCAAGAUGUCAGAACCUGCCGUUCCAGGCGCUGCAGGAAUGGUCUCCACCUCAGGAGUCGAUUCAAAUGUCACUCCCAACAACCAGUAUGGCUACCCCAACAAGAACUCGACUAUGCCUCAACACCAGCAUCACGCGGACUCAUCAGGGCAAUAUGUCAACCAUGCCGCGAAUCAAGCUGGAUACCAAGGCCAGGGACCUGAGACGCAGAUGCAGAUGCAGAUGCCGAUGCCUCUUCCCUACGAGUACAAUGGUCAUACCAACAACCAGCCCCAGGAUAUGUCUUACGCCAAUAAGCAGACUCACCAGGCUCAGCAUGUUUCCGAUACCAACCCCGCACUCUAUCCACCCCAGAUUAUUUCGGAGGACGAGCUGAAGAACCGUAUGGCCCUGGAGCAACUCGAGCAGAUCAAGAAGCGCAACGACGAGAUUCUGCGGGACAUUCAGGAGCAGCAGCGGAUUCAUGCCAUCACCAUCCAAAACCUCGAGAUGCAGGGUCAGCACCAACAACAACAACAACAACAACAACAACAGGGUCAACAUUAUCCGACUUACAAUCACCCAGGAGCCUUGCACGAUGGUGGUCAGGAUACACUCCAUGCGCAGGGUCAAUUCCAGCCCCAGACUCCUUACAUGUCCGCCCAAGGGUACCCACCUCCACCCCAACACGUGCAGCAUCAGCAUGGCCACCAGCAAGGAUAUCAAGGCUACCAAGGGGAUUUCGUUGCAGACCAGUCUGGAAUCAUCUACAAUAAUGGAGGAGCGAUGAACGGGCAGGGACAGGAGACUGGUCAUCAAGGCGAUAUGUACAACAACUAUCAGCACUACCAAGGGUACAACCACGGCAACAUGAACUCGAACAACUCGAACUGGAAUGCUCAGCAGCAACAACAACAACAACAACAGCAGCAGCAAUACUCCGGAUAUAUCCAGCAACUACAGCAGCAGCAGCAACAAUACCCCGCCUCGCUUACACCUGCCCAACUCCAACAGCUCCAACAGCAACAGCAAUACCAACAGCAGCUUCAAAUGGAGCCCGAAGGGUCUCCCAAAAAUAGAUAUGCUGGUGACCAUCGCCUCAGUCGUGUCCAGUCGGUGUCUUAUUCAACAUCCCCCUUCGGUCACGAAUACGACUUUGGUCCGGUCGAGGCGAAGGUUGGAGCUGGAGUUGUCAGGAUGCAACAGCCAGUGCAACAGCCAGUGCAACAAUCAGGUCAGCAAUCAGAGCCCGCAAAGAAGCAGAGUCCGCCUGCGACCUCAGUGCAUGAACAUGAGAACGAUGCCAGCUCGGCAAAUGUCUUGCCCCAGAUCAGAGCUAAGCCAGCCAACCUCGCUAACCGUCGAGCGCCUCACGUCAUCUUGUCCGAGGCAGAGCAGGAAGCAGCCGCCAAAGCACUCAAGGAGAUGCAGGAGGAAGAGGAGGCUGAAGUAGGUGUGACCGCGACCGAGGUUUCAGAGGAAACUGUGGUUGAGAGGGAGAUGCCACUGCCGGCCAAGGACAAGGUGUCGGUAGCCAUCCGUCAAUCCUCUCGACCUCAGCCUACCGAGGUUGCCACGUAUGAGGUUGAGCAUGCUGAGGAGGCCCAGAAGGUUGAGAACCAGGGACAGCAGAGAGGCAAUAGUCAAGAGGAAGAGCAGCGCAGAGGCGUGAAUGAGGAGGAUGAUGAAGAGGAGACCCUCCAUCGCAGAGUCCGUAGGAUGCACGUUUCCCCUAAGCCAGUAGUGUACACGCCCAAACCUACUCCUCAGCCUGCGCCCCCAACAUCGCAGGAGCGCAAGGAGCGUCUUGUAACCCCUACCCAAUCACAGGCGGAGACCCCUGUGGCUGCCCCUCGCCCAAGUCCUCGUCCUGCCCCACGGCCUAUUGGAGGCAUGGCUCGUUCCUCUCAAGAACCCCUUUCUGUUGGUGUCAGCGGCCAUCGCGCCGGUAAUGGCGAAUCGUCCGAGGGAGAGAACAUGGCACCCAUGACUCCCACGGAGCCAUCGGUGGAUACCAAGAGGAUGAGCCUUCAUCGCUCCCCAAGCUCGCCACCAGUGGUCCCCAAGAAGCCCCUUGCCCUGCGGAGCCCUCGUAGAAACGACUCGCAGGACGACAACGUCGUAGCCUAG